CAUAUAUAGCCUGCACUUACUCUGCAUGCUGGUGAAAGAAAAAUCACUUUUACUAAAUGAAUCAAUCGUUUUCAUCAUGGAUUUAGUUCUGGUGUAUUUUUCUGUUACCAAAACAAGUUCUGUUUUUUUGACUUCUUAGACAUGAAUAGUAUCUGUUAUUGUGGACAUUUUAGUGUAUUUUAUAAAGUAUGGCGGACAUUUUAGUGUAUUUUAUUGGUGAGAAAAUUGUAAAACUAAAGACAAAUCCGUGGAGUCAUCUCGCGGCGGCGCCAUUACUGCGGUGGCACGUCGUGUGUCACUCUCUGCUGUCCUGCUCUGUUCUGUGCAAAAACUCCUCCACAAUAAAUGACACUAAUGCGAGUAGUUGUAAUUAUUUUCCUCCACCACUGAUUAACUCAGCUACUUGAUGUUUACAUUGUGGUCAUUAGUUUGUCCUAGUUACAGUAAUAACAUCACAAUGAGUUCAUUUACUGUGCGACCACAGCAGCCUUGAUAGAGGCGUCUGACAUGAGCUAGCUAAGCGAAGCUAGCUAAGCUAGCUGACAUUACUUUUUCACUGUGUUGUGCUAUGCUAGGCAGCCACAUGCUAUUCACUGUGUUAACCAAAAGUUAUUGUGUUGUCGCUCUGCUAAUAUUUUUGAUCCACUUCUGGCGAACAUCGAUUUAGACCGUGCGGCCGCAGACGUAAAGGUUUGUGUCGUUCAAAUUUGAAGUUUCCCACGUCGUUGUCAAAGUUAAUGCUGCAUAAAAAGUACAGGUAAAAGUAGAAAUGUACACUUCUUACGACAGCUCCCAUUCUAUCACCCGUAUACUGGAGGGAGGCGCCACCGCGGCAAUGGCGGCGCGUUUACGUUCGGUACUUUGCCGGAUUCGUCUCUAUGAGCCCUUGUGACCUUCAGUUGUUUUUGAGUUUGUUGAACAAAAAGUGGGUCAAAUGAUCCUGGUGCUGACACCGUGGAGAACUCUCCUGAUGUUUUCUCAGUACAGAUGUUUAAAGUGAAUUUUGACGCGUUUUAUCCGUGUGUUUCAGGAGCGAUGGCGGCCGCAGUGAGGCUGCUGAUCCUGAUGCUGCUGCUGCUGCUCUGCUGUUUCAAACUCACCACAACCAAAGAGGGAAAAUCCAAGGGAAAGAAAGGCAAACAGGUCGUCUGUCCAUCCCAGUUGUCACCUGAAGAGCUGGCCCAGGUUCCAGAGAACUCCACCUCCAACAUCUUGAAUCGUCUGAUGGUCAGUUAUGACCCAAGAAUAAGACCCAACUUCCAAGGUAUCCCAGUUGAAUCCAGAGUGAACAUCUUCAUCAACAGCUUUUGGGUGAAAUCCGGGGAAACCACCAAAGAUUACAGAGUGAACAUCUUCCUCCGUCAGAGGUGGAACGACCCUCGUCUUCAGCUUCCCACAGACUUUAAAAGUGACGCUCUCACCAUCGACCCAAAGAUGUUCCAGUGUCUGUGGAAACCCGACCUUUUCUUUGCCAACGAGAAAAGUGCAAACUUCCACGACGUGACGCAGGACAACAUCCUGCUCUUCAUCUUCAGGAACGGAGACGUUCUCAUCAGCAUGAGGCUUUCAGUGACACUGUCUUGUCCCUUGGAUCUCACUCUUUUCCCGAUGGACACACAACUGUGUAAGAUGCAGCUGGAGAGCUUUGGUUACACCACCAGUGACCUGGUCUUCAUGUGGCAGUCUGACCCGGUCCAGAUGGACGAGAUCGCUCUGCCUCAGUUUGACAUCAAACAAGAGGACAUUAAAUAUGGAAACUGUACCAAGUAUUACCAGGGGACAGGAUGUGCUGCGUGUGUGGGGGUGAUUUUUCAGCUGCAUGCUUGGAGUGGAAACUUUUAUCUGAUGGUUACGGCUCCAGCACUCAUCGUGGUUUUGUCCUGGUUAUCGUUCUGGAUCAAUCCUGACGCAUCAGCUGCUCAUGUGUUUGCAGGUAUUCUGUCAGUUCUGUCUCUGUCCAGUGAGAGCAUGUUGUUAGCGUCAGAACUUCCAAAGGUUUCCUACGUUAAAGCCAUCGACAUCUGGCUCAUCGCCUGUUUACUGUUCGGCUGUUUUUCUCUGGUGGAGUACGCUGUGGUGCAGGUGAUUCUGAACAGUCCCAAACUGAUCGAGGAGGAGAAAACCAAAAUGGCCACCAAAGAAAAAGCUCUGCAGGAGAAAGAAGGAAAGAAGCCUUCAAAUAAAAGCAACAACACGGUGAAUGGAACAGGUGGAACUCCCAUUCAUGUCAACACGCUGCAGGCGGUGGAAACUCGCUGUAAGAAAGUCUGCACGUCAAAGUCCGACCUCCGGUCCAACGACUUCAGCAUUGUGGGUUCGUUACCACGAGACUUUGAACUGUCCAACUUUGACUGUUAUGGUAAACCAGUGGAAGUGGGCGGAGUCCUCAAGUCCCAGAGCAAAGCCAACAAGAAGCCGCCGCCCCCCAAACCCGUCAUUCCCGCCGCCGCCAAACGCAUCGACCUCUACGCAAGAGCCCUCUUCCCUUUCUCCUUCCUCUUCUUCAAUGUCGUCUACUGGUCCGUCUAUCUGUGAGAGAGUGAGGGAGUGAGAGAGUGACAGAGUGAGGGAGGAACCAAGGAAGGAAGGAUACGUGGUGACCAAACAUGAGUGUGAAACUCUUAAAGCUGAAGAUUUCCAUGGUUUAUUGUAAACUGGGUGUAAUUUCCCUUUAAUCGUGAGCAUUAAGUUGACGCUGCAUGUGUGACGUAUGUAACUGAAACAUUUACAUUAACAAGUGCUUUUUCAAUAUUAACAGCAAUAUUUAAAAAAGUGAAAUAAAUAAACGAGAUAAAAAAAACAUGUUAUAACUUC